AUGUUACUGCUGUUCAAAACCCCAGCGGGUUUUGCCCUUUUCAAAUUCUUGGAUGAAGGCAAGUUAUCCAAAGUUGAGUUCUUUGGGGGCAGGAAGGAUGAUUGGCUGUGGAAGAGUCGCAGUAUCGGAGUGUUUGAUUUGGAGAGUGGGAGUAUUGGGCCAACUGAUAGUCACGAUGGUUAUUCCGACAUGUUCUGGCCGCCACCUGCUUGGGUUUGUUCAAAUGUAUUUGUUGAAAGAUUUGUCUUACCAAAACUAUGGAGUGGAUGGGGAUUCGAAACUUCUAUAUUGGAAAAAAUAUAUCUCCGUCAAGGAAACUCUUCUUCCAGAUAUGUUUAUUGGAAAAAAUAUUUCUCUGUCAAGGAAACUCUUCCUCCAGAAAUAGGCCUUCCUUUAUCCAUUCAAGAUGACCUUGUGCUGGGGAAGAAAUUGGGAGAGGGAUCUUUUGGUGUGGUUUAUAGGGCUUCCAUGGCUAAAAAGCCCUCAAAGGAUGGUGACGUAGUCUUGAAAAGGGCAACUGAAUAUGGAGCAGUUGAGAUAUGGAUGAAUGAACGUGUGCGAAGGGCUUGUGCAAAUAGCUGUGCUGAUUUUCUAUAUGGCUUUCUUGAGAGCUCUUCGAAGAAGGGGGCUGAGUAUUGGCUGAUAUGGCGGUAUGAAGGGGAAGCUACACUCGCUGAUUUGUUGCAGAGUAAAGAAUUUCCUUACAAUGUAGGCACUUUCUUAAACCAGCAAUAUUACUAA